AUGACGAGAAGACUGAGAAGCCGUCUCAAUACUCAUGAGCGACCGCCGCCAUAUGAAGGCCACCAGCCGGUCCAGCCGCCUGCGGGGAAGGCUAAGGACGAGCCGGCGCCAGACGUGCUCCACUUUGUCGAUCCCGAUACUGAUACCAUCACGAACUUAUCGCUGAGAUAUGGCGUGCCCGCCGCCGCCCUCAGGAAAACCAACAACGUUUUUUCCGACCACCUCUUACAUGGCAGGCGAACAAUCUUGAUUCCCGGUGAAUACUAUAAGGGAGGCGUGAGCUUGAGUCCCCGGCCGGUAGAAGGCGAAGAGGAGGAGGCCCGGAAGGUCAAGGUGCGCAAGUGGAUGGUUACUUGCAAAGUGGCCGAGUACGAUAUCGCGCUACUGUACCUCAAGCAAGCCGACUACGAUUUAGACGCCGCCAUAGAGGCGUAUAAGGAUGACGAGCGGUGGGAGCAAGAACAUCCCUUAGAGGGCAGCUCAUCCGGGAAGACCAAAUCGCGGAUUGGACGCAGCAGGUGGUCGGCUGGCGGGAGUCUGACGGGCCAACUGUAG